GACAUAUGAUACUGGUGUAAUGUGACAGUAAUUUGACACAGUCUUGACAACAUCACAUAAAACAACUUUUUAAUCAUAAAUUUAGGUUAAAAAUAUUAUAGUAAUGAUACACAGUUUAUUUAUUAUAAAUUCUCAAGGUGAUGUUUUUCUUGAAAAACAUUGGAGAAGUGUGAUUCCACGAUCAGUAUGUGAUUAUUACCUAGAAUCUCAGAGGACUAAUGGGAACGAUGUAAAUCCGGUAAUAGCAACACCCCAUCAUUAUUUGAUAUCAAUUCAAAGGGGUGGUGUUAGUUUUGUAGCCGUAUGUAUGGAAGAGAUACCACCAUUGUUUGUUAUUGAAUUUUUGCAUAGAGUUGUUGACAUAUUUCAAGACUAUUUUUCAGAAUGUACAGAAUCGAUUAUUAAAGAAAAUUAUGUCGUAGUUUACGAGUUAUUAGAUGAGAUGUUAGAUAAUGGUUUUCCUUUAGCUACUGAAAGUAAUAUUUUAAAAGAGUUGAUAAAACCACCUAAUAUAUUAAGAACUAUUGCGAAUACUGUGACAGGAAAAACUAAUGUUAGUGAUAUAUUACCGACAGGUCAAUUGUCUAACAUACCUUGGAGGAGAUCAGGUGUGAAAUAUACUAAUAACGAAGCUUAUUUUGAUGUUAUUGAAGAAGUUGAUGCAAUUAUUGAUAAAUCAGGAUCAACAGUGUUUGCUGAAAUACAGGGUUAUAUUGAUUGUUGUAUCAAACUGAGCGGAAUGCCGGAUCUCACAUUAUCAUUUGUGAAUCCCAGACUAUUUGAUGAUGUCAGUUUUCAUCCUUGUGUUAGAUUUAAGCGUUGGGAGGCUGAAAGAUUACUUUCAUUUAUUCCUCCUGAUGGAAACUUUAGAUUAAUUUCAUAUCACAUCAGUAGUCAAAGCGUAGUAGCCAUUCCUGUGUACGUCAGACAUAGUCUUUCUAUUAAAACUGGGGAACAGGCAAGGCUGGAUUUGACUGUAGGUCCAAAACAAACGAUGGGACGAUCUAUAGAAGGUGUCAAGUUACAAGUAAUGAUGCCGAAAUGCAUUUUGAAUUGUGUAUUAACGGCCAAUCAAGGCAAAUACAAUUUCGAUCCGGUUUCCAAAAUUCUACACUGGGAAAUUGGUAAAAUAGACGUUACAAAGUUGCCAAAUAUUCGAGGUUCUGUUUCUAUAGCCAGUGGUACGAAUACAUCAGAAAUAAAUCCGUCUAUAAACGUGCAUUUCACUAUAAGUCAAUUAGCCGUAAGUGGACUAAAAGUUAAUAGACUCGAUAUGUACGGGGAGAAGUAUAAACCUUUCAAAGGUGUUAAAUAUAUUACAAAAGCCGGUAGAUUCCAAGUGCGAAUGUAAUUAUUCCAGUUAUAAAUGUAUAAGUGAAAAAUAAAUCUUUUUUUGAUAA